CACAAGCAGCUGGCUAAUCACUAGCUCGCUGAUCAAGAGCUCUAACCACCUUAGCUAGUUAUAGCUUGUUGGCUUAGCAGCUAGCAAUGGCGUCCAAGGCGUUGGUGCUGUUCCUGGCCGUGAACCUGGUGCUGCUGGGCGUGGCCACGCCUGGGGCGUUCGGCACCACAUGCCCCAUCGACACGCUCAAGCUGGGCGUGUGCGUCGACUUGCUGACCCUCCUUAAGGCCAAUCUAGGCGUGCCGCCCACGCAGCAGUGCUGCCCCCUCAUCAGCGGGCUCGCCGACCUCGAGGCCGCCGCCUGCCUCUGCACCAACCUGAUCCUCCCCGCCGACAUCAGCCUCAUCCUCAACUACUGCGGCAAGAGCCUGCCCUCCGGCUUCGUGUGCUGAUCGAUCAUCGCCUCUAGACGUGUAUGAAUAUACACGAGAGGCGGCCUUGCUUCCCGUUUGUUGCAUGGUUUGCUUGCUCUUGUUUAUUCCACGUGCCGGUGAUGGGAUCGGUUUGCUUGCAGUGCAUGGUAGUAGCGCGCUAGCGCUGUUAUCUUAUUUGGAUUUUCUCUACCUCAUCUCUAUGCUUUUGUUGUAAUAAUAAAGGGCCGGUACUCACUUGUGUGCCGGUGUUUCAAUGAAGUUUCGUUUGCAGCUAAAA